AUGGAUAUCGUAUUAAAUACGUAUGAUCGAUGGGUUUUUACACCCUAUGUAUAUCCCAAAGAUGGUUGGCCUGAAGAUAAUAUUGUUCGACAAUUAAUUACCCUAACUAUAUUAGUUAACAUUCAGGCUGCUAUGUUAUAUUUUGCUGUAGCUGGCUUCAGUUAUGUAUUUCUGUUUAAUAAAAAACAAAUGGAACAUCCAUUAUUUCUGAAAAAUCAAAUUCGACAAGAGAUUACUGUCACUCUUAAAAACAUCCCAAUGAUGAGUUUUCCAACAAUUAUCGUAUUUUUAAUUGAACUACAUGGCUAUUCAAAAUUAUACGAUAGUUCACAACAUUCUUACGGUAUUAUUCCAUUGAUCAAAGAAGUUUUUAGCUUUCUAUUUUUUACUGAUAUGUUAAUUUAUUUCAUUCAUCGUGGUUUACAUCAUCCUCUUGUUUAUAAACGAGUACAUAAACUACAUCAUCGUUGGAUUGUUCCAACACCAUUUGCUAGCCAUGCAUUUCAAUGGCUAGACGGUUUUCUUCAAAUGAGUAUACACGAUGGGAAUUAUGCAGUACCAAAAUUAUUUCGAUCAAUAGUCAAUGGUGCUGCACAUCACAAUGAUCAUCACCAAUAUUAUAAUUGUAAUUACGGGCAGUUUUUUACUUUUUGGGAUCGUCUAAUGUGCUCAUUCCGUUCUCCAGCUGUUUAUAAUGAACAAACAAAGCAUGGUGAUUAA